AUGGAGGAGCCCCUCCCCGCGAACUUCCGUUUCCCCACUAUUCAAGCGUACUCCGGGACGACUGACCCGCGUGAACACCUGAACAGGUACCGAGCUACCAUGCUAAUGACUAGGGCUAGCGACGCUAUCAUGUGCCGAGGCUUCCUCUCGACCCUAGACGGCCACGCACAGGACUGGUGCGGGUCCCUGCCGGAAGGAUCCAUCUCGACCUUCGCCACCCUCACGAGACGUUUCCUGUCUUACUUCGCUGGCCAUAUGCGGAAAAAGAAGCAGUUCGCUGACUUAUGUUUUUUGAAACAAAGGAGUUCGGAGUCCCUGGCCGACUUCCUCAGCAAGUGGAAGAAGGAGUCGAUAGGGGUCUCCAAUUUUGACGACAAAGCGGCCAUACCCAUCUUCAGAAGCAACCUUAGAUCUGGCGCCUUCCACCAGGACCUCAUCCGGUACCCCCCCAAGACCUACACCGAGUUGAUGGACUGUGCCUCUAGGUUUGCUGACGCGGAGGUAGCCGAGAAGAGGAAGAAGGAGGAGGAGGAGGGGAAAGACCGUAAAGGCAAGGGCCGCGUGUGGAGGAAGGGAGGCAGCUCCGAGCCCUCCGCCUCCGCGCCACGCAAAAGGGAGCUCGGCCAGCUCACUGAUGAGGAGGAAAGAGAACUAGACAACCCCCACCCCCAGAAGAAACAGGCCAUCCAUGUGAUCUUCGGGGGAGCCGAGGGGGGAGAAACGCCCGCAGAGAGGAAGAAAUGGGCACGGAGCCUCUACGUGGGCGAGGUCGUGCGACCACCGCACGAGAAGAGGCCCAGGAGGGAGAUCAACGAGGUGGUCGUGCACAGAGUAUUGGUGGACACAGGCAGCUCGGUGAACGUGAUGUACCAUGACACAUUCACCCAGUUGGGGCUAUCGAGGAAACAGCUGGGACAAGUGAGAACCCCUUUGUCCGGGUUCACAGGGGAUUCCAUAGAGACAGAAGGGUCAAUCAACCUCGAGGUCGAGAUAGGCGCCCCGCCACACACCAAGAGGUUGGAGGUAGAAUUCGUGGUGGUCAGAAUCAGCUGCGCUCACAAUGUAAUCCUAGGUCGACCCGCCCUGGAGGACCUUAGGUGUAUAAUUUCUAUGGAACACCUACGCCUCAAGUUCCCCACGCCAACCGGGGUCGGGGUCGCCCGGGGAGACCAAAGGAUCAGCCGGAGUUGCUACCUUCGAGCAUGCCGACAGAUAGGCAAGCGGGACCUCCAGGUGCACACCAUAGCAGAGAAGGCGCUGAAAGAGGAGGAGGGCCGCCCUCGAGCUGAGCCCGUAGUGGAGACUGAGGAGGUCGUCCUCGACCUUAGCCGCCCCGAUCGCGUGGUGGAGGUGGGAACCGGGCUCGCCCUUGAGCUCCGGGCCCGCAUCAUUGGCGUAAUCAGGGCUUACAAAGGGGUGUUCGCGUGGGGACCCGAGGACAUGCCGGGCCUCAGUAGGGAUGUCAUCACCCAUAAGCUCGCCGUCGACCCCACAGCCAAGCCGGUGCAGCAGCGCAAGAGGUACCUCUCCGCAGAGAGGCGGGAGUUCGUGAGGACGGAAGUCAAUACCCUCCUCGAGAUAGGGCACGUCCGGGAGGUCCUAUACCCCAAAUGGCUGGCCAACGUAGUCCUCGGCCCCAAACCCCCCACCUGGAGGAUAUGCGUGGACUACACCGACCUCAACAAAGCCUGCCCCAUGGACCCCUUCCCGUUACCAAAUAUCGAUCAGCUGGUGGACGAAACGGCAGGCUGCGCCCUCAUGAGCUUCCUGGACGCCUUCCGGGGGUACCACCAGAUCUUCAUGCAUGAGGACGACGAGGAGAAGACGGCUUUCACAACCCCAGAAGGGGUCUUCUGCUAUAGAGUCAUGGCCUUUGGGCUCAAAAACUCCGGGGCCACCUACACCAGGAUGGUCGCCAAGGUCUUCAAGCAGGUCCUCGGCCACAACAUGGAGGCCUACGUGGACGACAUGAUAGUCAAAAGCGCAGAGGCCGAUACCCAUGUCAGCGACUUAGACGAGGUAUUUUCCAUUAUGCAGCGUUAUGAUUUAAGGUUGAACCCCAAGAAAUGCACUUUCGGGGUGCACGGGGGCAAGUUUCUGGGCUACAUGGUCUCCAAGAGGGGCAUUGAGCCCAACCCUGACAAGGUGAGGGCUAUCCUGGACAUGGAGCCUCCGCGGUCCCUCCGGGAGGUCCAACGCCUGAACGGCAAGCUAGCGGCCCUCGGCCGGUUCCUCUUGAGGUCGGCCGAGAAGUCCUUGCCCUUCUUCGCGGUCCUCAAGAAGAGUUCGGGGUUCGAGUGGUCCCUCGAGUGCCAGAAGGCCUUCGACGACCUCAAGGCCUACAUGAUGUCGUUACUCCCGCUCGCCAAGCCCGUGAGAGGGGAGACCUUGUACCUGUACUUGGGUAUAUCACAAGCCGCGAUCAGCUCCGUGCUGGUCCGGGACGACGCGGGUGUGCAACGCCCCAUCUACUCUACGAGUCGUGCCCUCCGGGGAGCCAAGCUCAGGUACUUUCCCACCGAGAAAGCCAUAUUCGCAGUAGACGUAACCGCAAAGAAACUCAAUCACUAUUUUCAGGCGCACCCCAUUCAGGUCUUAACAAACCAGCCCCUGGAGUCGGUGUUAAGGGCCUCGGGGUCGGCCAGCAGGUUGGUAAGGUGGUCCAUGCGCUUAAGCCAGUACAACAUCCAGUUCAAGCCAAGACCUGCUAUAAAAGGACAAGCACUUGCCGAUUUCAUAGUCGAAUGCACCGCCCGGGAGGCCACCGAACAGGCCCGAAGCGAGGAGGAAGAGUGGUGGACCCUAUCAACAGACGGAUCCUCGAGUGCCAAGGGGUGCGGAGGCGGGGUCGUCCUCGUAACCCCCGAGGGUUUCAGGGCCUACUACGCGCUCUGUUUCCAUUUCAAAUUGUCAAACAACGAGGCCGAGUACGAGGCCCUCCUCGGGGGUCUCCGGCUCGCGCUGAGCAUGAGGGCCGAGAAGCUGAAUAUAAGAUGUGAUUCCAGGCUCGUGGUGGGGCAAGUUACGGGGGAGUUCGAGGCCAACGAGGACAGGAUGAGGAGGUACCGUGACGUAGUGCUACAACUCUUGGGACAGCUAGCCCACCACGAAGUCCUGCAGGUGCCAAGGGAACAGAACAUAGACGCGGACAUGCUCUCCAAACUCGGACAAGGCACCCCCGAACAUGUCUCCAAGAUCGCCCGGGUGGAAGACCUCGCGAGGUCCAGCCUCGAGGCCUACCCGGUCCUUCCCGUGCAAGUUCGUUCCGCCUGCUGGCUGGACCACCUCAAAGUGUACAAGGAGUUGGGCGCCCUGCCACCCGACGAAGCAGACGCCAAGCUCGUUCAGCGGAGGGCCCCAACCUACCUACUCAUCGGGGACACACUCUACAAACGAUCCUACAACGGCACCUUGUUGCGCUGCCUGUACCCCGAGGAAGUAAGGGCGGUCAUGGAGGAAAUCCACGAGGGGACCUGCUCCGCCCACCAGGGGGCCUAUACCAUGGCCCGGAAGGCCAUCUUACAGGGCUACUUUUGGCCUCGGAUGGCCAAGGAGUGCGCAGACUAUGCGAGGAGCUACCCAACCUGUCAGCAAUUCCAGGUGGGCCCAGGUCGCCCAGCCACUAACUACACCCCGAUCAGUUCAGUCAUCCCGUUCUCCCGGUGGGGGGUCGACCUGGUCGGGGCCCUCCCAAUGGGAUCGGGCAAGAGGAAGUACCUGAUAGUAGUAGCAGUGGACUACUUCACUAAGUGGGUAGAAGCCGAACCCCUAGCCAGCAUCACAAGUGCCCGGUGCAAACAGUUCAUCUACAAGAACAUCCUGUUCCGCUUCGGGGUCCCAAUGCAGAUCAUCACGGACAACAGGCGCCAGUUCGAGAGCAAGGAGUUCAGUGAGUUUUGUGCCCAAUGGCGCAUAACGCAUACCCGUGUAGCCGUCUCCUAUCCCCAGGCUAACGGCCAAGUCGAAAAUGUCAACCGCACUAUCGUGGAUGGACUCUAG